GACAUCUGACAUGUAAAUAAAUUCAAUCUGACAAAAUGCACAAAUAAAACCAAAUAUAUUUAGCCAUUGGCUCUUAAACCAGAGUCAAUGGCUUGCUCAGAACUACGGUUUUCUUACAGACCCGGAAGUGUAUCGAGAACAUUAACUGAUUCUGCAUUUCGACAACUACUUUUUAGGGCGUUUCUCUUGAUCGCGGUAUGCAUCGUGGCAGUGACGAUCAAACCUCGGAUGCGGGACAUACCUCAUGGAAAACUAUUAUGUGACUAUAAACAUCCUCGCCGCGUCUCCACCUUUUCGAUUUGGAUCAUGGCGCUACUUACCAUUUUCGAGCCACUCGCAAUUUUCUGGCUGUUAUCGAAAGACUUCGGGGACACUGUAGAAGUAUUCCAAAUGUGGUCGCUGUCCAUAUCAAUCACCGCUGCGAUCACCGAAUUUCUGAAGCUAACCGUUGGCAGACCUCGCCCGGAUUUUUACUAUCGGUGCUUCCCUGAUGGAGUGUACAAAACAAAUAUGCAGUGCACAGGUAAAUUGCGAGAUAUAAUAGAUGGCAGGAAAUCUUUUCCAAGCGGGCAUACCGGUCUCGCGUUCGCCUCUCUUGGCAUGGUAAGCCUGUUUAUGUACGAGAGGAGUAUAGUGUUGUAUGAGGAGCAGAGCCGGGCUUCCCAGCUGUUGUUCUACUCAAUGCCGUUGAUGGUGGCGUCCGCUAUAGGAGUCAGUCGGUGUAUCGAUAACCAGCACCACUGGGAGGAUGUGCUCGUCGGAGCUAUCAUCGGUUUCUCAACGUCGUGUUUCUGCUACUGUUCUGAUUGCAGUUGGUGUGAUGUCGGUGUUUCAUAUGAUCUGUUAUAAUGAUGUUAAAUAAUUCCACGAUUUAAGUACCUACCGUCAACGCCUCUAGUGCUGCGGUGAGUAAUCGCUUACCAUCAGGCGAUUCGUCUGCUCGUUUGCCU